AUGUUGUAAACUCUAUUUAUUUUCAUUUUGCUCUUUCUGCUUCUAACUUUUAUAGGAUUAUAUUUGAGAAAAUAUUUUAGAAACAAACCGCUAACUGUUUAAAAUUAAGGUUCAGGAUAGAUAUUUUCUGAAUAGCGAGUAACUUUCUGUGAAUAAGUAGUUAAACAGAAUUCUCAAGAAAUAUCUAAUCAGAAGCAAAACAUUAAAAUUAAAACUUCUAAGACAACAGCUACAGUCACCAAAAAUACAAAAUGUAAACCUAGCAAAAUAAAAUAAUAAGAUUUAGAGGCAGCAUUCUAAUUUGAUGGAGAUAGUGAAAAUGAAAAAGAAAAUGAUAGUAUGAAGAAUUCAACUCUUACUGAAAAAUAAUAAUAAUCAAAUUCAAAGGAUUAAGAAGGGUUCAAUUUUUAAUAAACAUCCCAUAAUCUCUAAGAAUUAGUAACUCCAACUUAAGGAAUGUGUUAGGAAGUUUGA